AUGGUGACAAAAGAUUGGUCCGCAACUAAAACUCGACUUGCCGAUUUCUUCAAAAAUAAUCACGUAAGUUUUUUAUUCACAUAAAUAUAUUUUUAAAAAUGACGAAUAUUUACUAGAUUUUUUUCAGUGAACAAACAAGGAUUUUUGAAUAAAUAAAAUAAAUGAAAUGAUUUGAUUCAAAAUAGAUUUAAAAUGAAAAGUUAGAAAUAGAUACUCUAUUGUUUUUCAGAUUAAUCAAAUCAUCACUUUUUCGAUUAUUGUUUGUGGAUUAUAUAUCUCAUUAAUCUCAAUAACAGGUCAAAACGUUGGUAAGUAUUCAAAACUUAUUGAAAAUUCAAAAAUGAAAAGAUCAAAAUGAUGAAAACUGUUUUCAGCUCACCCACUAUCUCCAGUAACUUCAAAAACUUUGGAUCUUACUCGUGCAGCAGAUGAAAUUCUUCAUUCAAUAAUAUCAUGUUUUAUGCUAGUUGUUUUAGCAAUUGCAGCAGGAAAACUUGUCAAAUUCUUAUAUAUACCAUCUCUAAUCGGUAAGUAAUAUAAAACAAAACUAGGAACGGGGGUCGCUGAAAAUGCGGAACAUUUGCGACAAAUGGGACCAGGCAGCGACCCCAGUCCCGAGAAAACACAAUGAAUGUCUGAAAUAAACCUGAGUUGGGGUGGGGGGCGUGGUAUCUUUGAGAUUUUAUUUUAUUCAUUCAUAGCACAAAAAAUGAGAAAAAUGGGCGGAGCUUCAAAGCACCGUAGUUUUUUGCUCGAUUUGUUGAGAGUGGGUAAGAACUUUGAGCAUUUUUUUGAAAAAAAAAAUAAAAACAUCCAAGAUUAUAACGAUUAUGAUAUGGGGUGGUGAAUCAUUUUGCGAACUGGGAAGUUGAGAAAAUACUGCGACUUAAAAUAUAUUAGAAUGAAAAACAUGUCAUAUAGCUUUUAUUAUCCAUAUUUUACGUAAUUUUGGAUUUUUUUAAAUAGAAAGGUUUUAUCCUCUAACACUCGUCUUAAUUCAAUCAAAAACAAAUACUGGAACCGAUUAGUUUUUCGAACCGUUCCAGAUACAUCAGUCAUCCAUCAUUACGUAAGCAAAUCAAACUUGUAAAAAACUUAAAGAAACUACGAAACGUAUGAAAACACAAUAAACUGUGACUGAAAUCAUUUUUUCAUUCUUAAUUUGAUAAGAAUAAGACAUUUGCAGAUUUUUAAAAAUAUUUCUUAAAACAUCUUUGAUCACCAAAAUUAUGCAUUUGGGCUUAUAGAAAUGUUUUUGUAAUUUUUCAGCAUCCAGGAUGAUCCAUCAGAAUAUGACAAAAAUUUUGAAAUGGAGAAAAUUCAACAAAAACAUUUUUAGCGUCAGGAAAAGCUGGGGUAUUCUCAAAAGCUUAUCCUAUAAGUUUAAGAACACUGUGUUUUCAUCAGAAUUGAAAUGAAAUGUUCAAUAGCCUCAAUAAAAACAUUGAGUUCAUCUUAUGUAUUUUGGGAAAUUGACUCACCAAAAACCUAUAAAAAUAUAUUGAACUGAAAAAAAACGGGGCUAUAGAUACAAAUUAGAACAUUACAAAAUACAAUAAAAUGUAUUUAAAAUAGUAUCAAAAAACUCCGUCUCGGAAUAAAUAAAAACCCCCAGAAAAAAUACAAUUUGCAGGAUGUAUGGCAGUUGGAAUUGCAAUGAGAAAUAUACCACAACUCGGUGAUUUAUUCUAUAUCAAUGAUUAUUGGCAAUUCAUUUUACGAAAACUGGCACUUGUUGUUAUAAUAAUAAGAUGGGGAAUUUCAAUCAACAUCAAAUUCAUCAAGAAAAAUUAUGUGAGUGAUGGGAAACAGUGGUAUUUAUACUAACAUACAAAUUCAUUUUGACACACGUGUUAAGCAGGAAGGAAGUGGGUUGAAGACAUAUAUGUCACCAAAAAAACAAUUACUAAUAUCCCAACAAGAUAAAUAUAAAUAUGUAUACACACAUAUUCAUUUAAUCCAUUGUUUAUACAUUUGGUUUAUUUUGAUCUGGAAUAGUUUUCGAGUCAGCUUAGAUCAGAAGAGGAUUUGGUGUGUGUGUGUGUAAUCACUAAUCAACUAAUGAAUACUGAACCAACAAAUAUUUCACAUUCAUAUCAAAAAUCGCUUGUGAUCCGAAAAAAUAUUCAGUUUGGAAUAAACAAUUUAUGAAUGAGAAUAGCAGAUGUUGACAUUGUUUCCGCUACUGUGCUGCGAGCAAAAAAAAAGUUGCAGAUCUGCGCAAGAUUUGCGAUGCAAAUGUGCCACUAUUAAAAAAAAACAAUAAUUUUCUAGUUUCUCCAAACCAUCCUGAUUCCAAUCAUUUUACCGAUUCAACUAUAUUUGUGAAUCAAUAUAACGUGGGAGUGAAGUUAAUAAAUCUAGUGGAAUAAUUUUGUUAAAUUAAGCGGAAGUUUUUUGAUAUUUAAGAAUCGCGGCCUUUGUUUGUAACUCAUAUAUAUUUACUUACAAUUAGAAAAUAAGUUAUUUUUAAUAUUUCCUUAUGUUCAUUUGAAAUUUCAUUUCGGUCAAAUUUCAAAGAGAGAUUAUUCAAAAUUUGUGUCAUAAAUUUCAAUUAUUAAACUAAAGUGUAGCUUUAUUUGGCUUCAAAAGAUAUAAUGCGUUUCAUGGAGAUUCUGAUACAAAAUGUUCUCUGUUUUUUGUUCGAAGAAUCAAACCUAUAAUAGACAAUAAUACCGAGGAUUAAAGGAAGUAGCAUGAAUCAACAACAUUUCUCAAAUAUCAAAAACGAAAUGUUGUUUAUUUGCUUGAGGGUAUAAAUAAGACUAUGAACUUUCAACUUGAAAUUUGGAAAUGUUUUUUUUUUGAUAUAAGUACUUCUGACUCACAUUCAGAAACAUAACAAGAACUUGGAGUCACAAGAUAUACCUCAUAUACGUUCAAAUAUCAAAAUAUCAUAUAUAUUUUUUAUGAGUAAUCUGGUAUUUUCUACAACCUGGAAUUAGUGAUCUCACACAUGAUAAAGUAUUAAUGGAAACAUUUGGAGGCCAAGAUCAAGUGACUCAAUGAGGUACAAUUUAUUUGGGUUCAUAUGAGAACACUGGAAAUCAUUCGACUGCAUUUUUAUAAUAAAUCUUUGCUCAUAGGUUGGAGGGAAAAUCUAAAAAUACAAAAAAUGCCAUGCUUUUAAGAGGUCAUUUUGCGAACGAAUAAAAAAAGCGUGGGUGAUGCUAAAAAGUCAUUUUUCACUCCACUAUAUACACCAAAUUGUCGUAUAGUAUUAUAGUAGUAAUGUCAUUUGUGCUUGUCUGAUGGAUGUCAAUUUUUUAAUGAGAUUUUUGGCUCUCAAGACACCCACAAAUACUAUUGUGGGUGGGUCAUAAUUGACUUGAUGAUGUGUUGUUCUAAUGUGUUUUGUGUGGUUUUUUUUGCUUUUAAAGUGACGACUCAUCCUAUCAUUAAGAAUAAUGUUAUGACAUCACGUUUGUAUAUAUUCUACCAAACAUUUUCUGGUUACUAAUUAUAUGUUCAAACAUAUUGGUAUAAUUGAAGCAUUCAUACUGGUAUAAUUUUUAAGGGCACAAGACAUGGAAAAAGUAUAGUUAGGAUAUAACUUCAGGGGAUUGAUAUUGAAGAUAGCACAACUAAAAAUAGGAUUGUAUAUUUUGGGACACUUUUUUCUAAGCAAAAAAAGCGAGAUUUAUAAAUACGAUUUUUUAUUCAAAGUGGGUGGAUUGACGCUGACUGACAUUUGUAUUUGUAUUCGGCUCAUGACUUGAAGUAAAACAAAUGAGGAAAACACCUCAUUUUAUGAAGAAGAUUGAUGGAAGCGGGGGUGAUGUUCUUCAAACUCACGUCAUCUUAAUUAUACAUGUGAAACAAAUUGAAACAAACAAAAAAGGGAACAAAUAUUCUGACUUGGAUAUGUUUUUUUCAGACCUUCCCACCACUUCUUGGCAUCGGAUCAGCUACCACAGAAGCGUUGUCUAUUUUCUUUACUGCCCAUUUUCUGUUCAACUUUCCACUUUCCUUGAGUUUAAUAUGCGGGUAACAAAAAUCCUUCAUCUUGAUUUUGUAAAGUUAUUCGUUGUAGAUUUGUUGUGGCAACAGUUUCUCCAGCUAUCAGUGGUCCAACAAUGGGACAUCUUCGCGAGAAAUCAAUCGGAACUGAGAAAAACAUUCCAGAUAUUGUUCCAGCUGCCUGUUGUUUUGAUAAUGUUUGGUCGUUGUUGAUUUUUUCAUUGACAGCAUCGGCAACUUUCACAACUGGUAAUUUUUGAAUUUCAAAAAUCAUGAGUAUUUCGCAAUACUCUUCAUUGAUCUUUGAAACAUAAUCAACUAUAUUUUAUACCAAAAUUUUGGAAUAUGAAAUUGAAGUUCAAGAUUCAGGAAACGUGUAAUUAACUUUGAACUUCACCAAGUUGGAAGUCUGGUAUUCAAACUACAUAUCACGGAAGUUUUUUGAAUUGGUAGAACUUUAGAACAAUGGGGGUUUUCUUUUAUUUUCACAGAAUUUAAAUAUUUCAGAAUCCGUUGGACCGACGAUGAUCAAAAGUAUUGGAGCUAUUGUACUUGCUGUUGUGUUUGGAUGUAUUCUUGGUAUUUUUUUUAAUUGAAUCACAAUCAUUAUUAUUGCCAAAAAAUUGUUUCAGGUUGGAUAAUUCGAUGGUUCCCAAAGAAUGACAACAAACAUACCCAUAUAGCAAGAUUCCUCAUAAUCGCUUCUUCUACUUAUGGAGUUAUUACAAGUAUGAUUGUUUUGGGAUAUCAAUUUCCAGGAAUUGUUGCCGGUUUAUCACUAUGCUGUGUUGCAGCGACACAUUGGAGAGAAGAUAAUCCAAGAGGAGUGAGACUCGAAAACAUUUUUCAAAUAAAACUUCCUUGUACAUAUAUUUUUUAGAUCAAAGUUCUUGUUCAUCAAUACGAUAACUUAUGGUAUUUCUUAGCUGUUCCAUUGUUGUUUUCACUUGUUGGCUACACGUUUGACUUUUCUGAGGUAUUUAAAACCGAGAAAUACUAUGAAAGAUUUUCAAUUUUCAGAUAACAAGAAAAGAUUUACAAAUUGCAAUCAGUUUGGUUUGUAUCGGGGUUGUUGCUCGAUUCAUAAGUGCAAUGUUCAUCUCGUUUUUAGGAGGUUUCACUAUUUGUGAACAAAUUAUUUUAUCACUUUCUCUAAUGCCAAAAGCAACAGUUCAAUGUGCUCUUGCUCCAUCAUUGAUUUUGCUCACUGAUAAUUUCCCCGAACUUGAAGAUACUACGAAAUUGGUGAGAUAUCAGACAUUAGUUCUGUGAAGUGCAACAAAAUUUUAAGGUCAUCAACACCUGUAUAAUUGCUGUUAUGAUAACAAGUCCUAUUGUUGAAAUUCUUUUGGAUAUUUUGGCUCCGAGAAUUUUGAAGAAAUCGUUGAUCUUCAACUCGGCGCUUCCUUCUGGUAAAUAAACUAGAAAAUCUUUUCAUCAAUUUGUGUAAUUCAGAAACCACUGUAACAACAUCCACAGAUAAUUAUACAGUUCCACAAUUCAGCGCUCCACAAUUAAAUAAUCCAAACGGAUUACCGAACAUUCCAUAUUAUUAUUACAAUAAGAAUGAGGUUUACAAAAAUUGAAAAAAAUUGUAUUUUUCUGUAAAUUUGAUAAUUGAAAUAUCAGUCUGAAAACUGUCAUCAGACAAUAAAUAUUUGCGAAUAAAUAAAUGAAUUCUUCAUAACAUUUUUUAGGUUUCUGUGAGAAUAAAAGUUGAAUUUAUUUACAUAAUUGUCCUUUUUGAUCUUUGAUUUGCAAAGUAUUUGUCAUAAAAAAGAGAAAUCUUCAAAGUAAAAUUUGGGCUUUAUAUGAUCUUUGGAAAGUAUCACAAGUUUCUAUAAAAUCAAAAAUCUCAAAAUCAAACAUUGCAAAAAAGCAGCGGAUUUGAAUCAAUAAUAGUAGUGAAUCAUUUGCCCGUUCGCUUUUUUUUUUUCGUUGUUUCUAUUUCUGUUGUUGAAAACCACAUAGUAACUAGUUUUGAGCUAUUUUGACACACUCGGCAAUAAUCUCUUUUUCAAAUAAAAUCAUCAUGUUUUUGAUAUAUAAUACAAGUGACCUUGUCAUUUUUUCUCUUUUAUUUUAUUUUAUUUUUUCUCACAUGUGUUAUUUUACAAUAGAUAAAAUCGAGAAAUUUUUGUGUUAAAAUUUUUUCCUUUUUUUUGGUAAUUCUAUUGUUCCUCACUUUUAAAAACGAUAUACGUGUGUGUAGUUUAAAAUGUUAUUGAUUGAAAAAUAUAUAAUUUCAGAUGGUUUCUAGUCAUAUUAUGAUUGUAAAUGGUGAACAUAACAAACCAAGUGGAUCAGUUCAAAAAUUUCAAGAAGAACUUGAAAUUCAACGUUCGAUGAGGAAUGCAGCAAUUAUAGAUCAUCAUUAUGAACCAGUAAGUUAA